UCGCGGCGGGUCGCGGGGGGCGCCCUGGAGGAGGCGGCGCGCGUAGCGGAGGCAGGAGGCGUCACCGUUCCGGGCCCGCGGGGUACGCAGGGCUCUGGGGAACCUCCGGCCUCCCUUUGCUGAUGAGGAAGCUGCGGCUCGGGGGCACCUGCUCUCUCUCCCCACCCUCCAACCUGCUCGCCCCGGGGUGCCGAGAUCCGUUACCCUAGAGGCUCAGAGGGGCAGCCCUUUGUGAAGAAGCGCCUGCAGCGGCGCCGCCCGCCGUGGCUCCGUUGGUCCUCAGGGCCGGUGUCUGGGAGCCUCUUGUCAGAACGGGGUGGAAGGGCGCGAGGCCCAAAGCUCAGGGGCGAACCUGUUCCACUCUCCCACACACCUUUGUGAGGCUGGACGGAGGGGCAGCUCCCUCCUGCGAGCUGCAGGACUUGUGCGAUGAGAUUUCAGAAAGGGCAUUUCACCUCUGGUCUGUUUUCUCUGUGCUGUGAUCAGCGUUUAUCAGCUUUACCUGAAAGUCAGAGUAAAUAAAUAGAGUUCCAAAUCCCCCCAAGGGUUUGCAAGGAGGACCGCCGGGUGCGCCAGAGCCUCUCUGCUCAGCCCAGUCUGGCCAACUUGGGGGCUGGGAGCUAGACUUUGGCUUCCUGAUUAGACCAAAAAUCUAACCGCGCCCUUUACCCGAAAAGGGAGCCACUGCUUUGAUCCGCCACAGGAGGCAAAAGACAAACCUUAAUCAAGUGGAAUAAUUUAAGUUCAAAGACCUGUAGUGCCCUUCUAGAAUUUUCUGCGCCACGACUAUCUUGUGUGGUCAAGUACGGAUUAAAGACUCUUGCUCCAGAUCAACCGUGGGCGCCCUGCUGGCCUCCGAGCUGGGAUGGAAAUUCUAUGAUGCGGAUGACUAUCACCCAGAGGAAAACCGAAUGAAGAUGGGAAAAGGGAUCCCACUGAAUGACCAGGACAGGAUACCAUGGCUCUGCAACUUACAUGACAUUUUACUAAGAGAUGUAGCCUCUGGACAGCAUGUGGUUCUAGCCUGUUCGGCUCUGAAGAAAGCGUACAGAGACAUCUUAAUACGAGGAAAAGAUGGUGCAUCCCCGAAGUGUGAUGAGACGGGGAAGGACAAACACCCAGCUGAAGUGAAGCUCCUCGUGGUCCAUCUGAGUGGGUCCUUUGAGGUCAUCUCUGGGCGUUUACUCAAGAGAAAAGGACACUUUAUGCCCCCUGAGUUAUUGGAGUCCCAGUUCGAAACUCUGGAGCCCCCAUCGGCUCCAGAAAACUUCAUCCAAAUCAGUGUGGACAAAAAUCUUUCAGAGAUAAUUGCUACAAUAGUGGAAACUCUAAAAUGAAAAUCGCUUCAGAUCGGGGGUCCAGAACAAUCAGGCAGACAUUUCCAUCCCAUCCCAAACUAGGUCUACUGGUUUUGCCAGUAUUCUAAUUUCUUGGGGUGAACAAACCCUAGUGUACUGAACUCUACUUGCCUGGGUGUAUUUUUAGGCAUUUGUGCUCUGGCACAUGAGGAGGAGACAGGAGGGCACUUUGAAAGUAAAGCUUCAAUAGAAAUUCAAAUUCCUGUGACCUAAUCAGAUGAUCAGAGGGAAUUCUAUAAUCAAUGCUGUAAAUCACCUCAUUUAGAACAUCCUUGAUCAUGCCUAGAUCUGAUCAAAUAAAUGAAACUUGGCUAUA